AUGUCGUUUAUAUCAUUGAUAAUCUAUGUAAUAUUGUUUACUAAUGUAAUUAAAUCAUCACCUAGUGUAAUUAGUCGUCAUAGAAUAACUGGUUAUCAUACACGAGUUGAAUAUAUAAUUGAUCCUGAUGUUCAAAUGGAUAGUAAAUGUUUAUUUGUUUGGCAUCGUUUGCCUCCUUAUUUGUAUAUUGAACCAGAAGAACUUAAUCAAUUAAAAGCAACUAUUAUUGGUUCAAUAAAUAUUGAAACAUCAUCAUCUCAAUCACAUCCAUUUGCAUAUUGUUUUAUAUUAUACAAUUCUUCUAAAAUUCCAUUUAAUUAUAGUCAAUCAUUUUCAAUUAAUAUUCAUAAUCGAUAUUUAGAUCCUGUAUCUGAUUAUAAUAAACAACAUGAAACAGUUUAUUUACCUGAACCAGUUAUACAUUUUACAGAAAAAUCUUGUCCUUAUUUAGGUUCAGGUUGUCCACCACCAUUAACUGAAACAGGCAUUGAUUCACCUAGACAAUUAACUGUAAAUAUUCCUGUUGGUCAACUAAAACAUCUAUCAUUUGUUUAUCCUCUUACUUGUUUAUUUCCAUUAAUUGGUUGUUCAUUAUUAUUUAUAUAUACGAAAUGA